AUGGAUGAUACCUAUGAUACUAUCGUGCUUGCUACCGGACUCAAAGAGUGCAUCUUGUCCGGACUGCUUUCAGUUGACGGAAAGAAAGUCUUCCACUUGGAUAGAAAUGACUACUACGGUGGCGCUUCAGCUUCGUUGAACCUUAAACAACUUUUCGACGACUUUGCCAAUAAGACCGAACCCCCCGCGUCUCUUGGAAGACCAAGAGACUACAACGUUGAUGUCAUCCCUAAGUUCAUUAUGUCAUCUGGUGAAAUGGUCAACUUACUUCUUCACUGCAACGUUCAUCACUACCUCCAAUUCAGAGCUAUUCAUGGAUCAUAUGUCUACACUAAAGGAAAGGUAUACAAGAUCCCAGCGACUGUUGCUGAAACCGUCUCGACUCCAUUGCUUGGAUUUUUCGAGAAGGGAAGAUUCAAAGGCUUCUUGGAAUACUUGCAAAACUACGACGAGAAUAAGCCUGAGACUCAUAAGGGAAGAAAUUUGAAGACGAUGACUAUGGCACAAUUGUUCAAGGAAUUCAAACUCGACACAGCUACUGUCGAGUUUGUUGGACAUGCUGUUGCGUUGUACAGGGAAGACUCAUACCUCGAGAAGCCAGCAAUUGAAUGUGUGAAGAAGAUUGUGUUGUACUUUGAGUCACUUUCGAGAUUCCAAAAGUCUCCAUACAUCUAUCCUGAAUAUGGACUUGGAGAGUUGCCACAAGCAUUUGCGAGAAUGUCGGCGUUGUACGGAGGAACAUACAUGCUCAGAGCUAAGAUACAAGAAAUUGUUUUUGAUACAAACGGACAUGUCACUGGCGUCAAGUUUGCGAGUGGCGAGACUGCGAAGUGCUCGAACGUUAUUGCUGACCCAUCAUACUUCCCAGACAAAGUUAAAAAGGUUGGCCAAGUGGUGAGAGCUAUUUGUAUCUUGAACCAUCCAGUUAACAACACAGACAAUGCGGAGUCAUGCCAAAUCAUUAUGCCACAAGCGCAAGUUGGAAGAAAGUCUGAUAUCUAUAUCUCAGUCUUGUCUGGAAACAACCAAGUCUGCCCGAAAGGAAAAUGGAUUGCUAUUGUCGGAACUACUGUUGAGACUGCUAACCCAGAAAAGGAAGUCGAGGUCGGCUUGAACUUGUUACAACCAAUCGAACAGAAAUUCAUCGACGUCUCAGACUCUUUUGAACCAAUCAAUGACCCGAAAAAGGACGGUGUGUUCAUCACUCGUUCAUACGACGCUACUUCUCACUUCGAGACAACAGUAGAGGACUGCUUGGAUAUGUACACCAACAUCACUGGAAAGAAGUUGGUCAUGAAGAUCCCAACUGAACAAGCCCAAUAA